AUACUUCCGUGUAGUCACAGCUUCUCUCAAGCAUGACUCAUUCUGGUGUUAAAAUGGCUAAAGUAAAAGACAAACGACGAGAGAAAAUCAGCGUCGCCAGUGAGAUUGACCGUCUGGAGGAGCGGCGGGCCCGUUGCCAGGACAACCUGGAGAGGGCGGAAUACAGGAGCAGAAAGGAGAAGCUGUCUGAGAAAGAGAGGCAGGAACUGGAUGAUGAAAUGGCAAUUAUAAGUGAGAGGGUCGAAAAGUUAGACAAGGAGCUACAGAUGUUAAGAGGAGAGAACCGGAGGAACAUGCUGCUGUCAGUGGCUCUGCUAGCUGUCAGCACUCUCUUCUACUAUGUCUUCAUCUACAGUGAAGAGGACUCAUGAUACCAGCAGCUAUCUCAAAGGGACAUACUGCUCUUUAAGGAGCUCGGGACAGGCGUGUCAUUAGAUAAGUGGUCAGGUCAGGACUGUGUACAUGCAGCAGCACAUGAAACACCUGAUGUGUGUGUUGAGGAAGUUCCUCAGCCGUCCCUCUUUGUCAUAUUCAUGAUCUUUUUUUGUAGUUCUGCUGGGUUUAUCUAGCACAAUGCUCAAACCCAACAAAGUUACUUUUUGUAGUCAAAACACCACCUGUCAGUAUCCUCUUGUCAUCACACAGUUAUGAGGGCAAACACCAGAAAGAUGCUGUAUUGUGUCAGUAGCACUGUGUUUUGAUAGUUUGUGUCAAUGCUAAACUAUCAGGUGACAACAUUGAAUAUUCAGUGUGUGCCUUGCCUGUUGGUAACCUCAUGAUAAUCCCAACCUACAUAAAGCUACAGCUGACACAGGAUCGUAUAACCAGCGAUUCAGUACAUUUUGUAACACAUACAUGUAUGAGGUUAUAUCAAGGCGAAGCGAGCUCAUCUUUUGUUUGGCUUGCUUCACAUCUUGUAUUUUUACUGCUGUAUAAAGACUUUACUUUAUAAAAUGACAUUAACAUGAGGAAGAAUGUAUAUACAUAAAAUGUUUUUCACAUAAAUAGCCCAAGUUUGUCAGUUGUACGUGUCAUUUUCACAUUGCUUGGAUUCUGAAACAUCAAACAAGACCAACAAUACCACACGUCAGGAGAUUUAAUACGUUGAUGGAGCAGAAUAUGAAAAUCUCUUAUAUAACUUUAUUGGUGGAGAAGAUCAGGAAGUCCAUUGUUCAAUAACGGAAGCAGUCGUCUGGGGGCCGGUCCAGUGACAAAACACCUUUCUCUUCUGCAGGGAUUAAAAACAACAUUCCUGAUAUUGAUUCUCGUCACUUAAAAACCUGAGACUCAUAAUCAUUUUAGCCUGUCUGUCUCAUCAGCGAUGGUUCCAUUCAGGACUGAAUAGAUUUAAUAGCAGGAAUUAUGCUUCACCUGUAUCCCUCUGGUCAAACUCUCAUAUAAUGAAAGGCACUAAAAUGAUGUAAAUCAA